AUGGUUUUAGUAAACGGAGUAAUCAAUGCUGGUACAGCAGAGAAUAGCCUCAGCCUUGACAUUGUUGCUGAAAAGCUUUCUAGCAUCCCAUCACCAUUUAUUGACAAUCUCGAUAUCUUGAAGUACAAUGAUUUCACUGGAAUUGAAGCAUUCAGAGUGACAUUAGCAGAGUUUUUGACUACACAUGCAAAUUCCAGUUCACCACUAGAUCCAAAUAAGUUGGUGGUUAUGAAUGGUUUAACAUCAAUGGUAUGUGCAUUGGCCACAGUUCUCAGUGAUGUAGGUGAUGCAUGGUUGAUCCCUACUCCAUACUACUCGGCCAUAAGAGCAGAUGUUUCUAAGAUACCUCAGGUUAACCUUGUAUAUGCACAUCUACCUGCAGCAUCGGUAUGUACACUUAGUAUUCAGUUUUUCUAUGUGCAAUAUGGCCGUCUGGUGGUCAUACCUCACGUUAAUGCUUCAAUAAAUGACACAAGACACAAGGUUUUGGUAAAAGUGGAAGGGGGAGCAGUGAACAGCUCCAUGAUGCGACUCGCCUGUGAAUUGCAUCAUGACGCUGAGCGCGUGGUACCUGGUUGCAACCUUCCACCAGCAGAGACUGUACAGGGUUGUCUGUCUGAAGCUGAAUGCCAGCCAUUCCAAUUGAAUGUGGAUAUAUUGGAAACAUCAUUAGCAAAAGCUAAAACACAGGGUUACAAUGUUCGAUGUCUGUUCUUGAUUAAUCCUCACAAUCCAUUGGGUGAUGUGUACUCAAAGGAACUAGUGCUACAGUGUCUUCAGUUUGCAAAAAGAAAUAAUUUGCAUGUUAUUAUGGAUGAAAUUUAUAUGUUGUCUAUAUUUCAAGACGAUGUCAAGUUCACCAGCGUCUUCAGUUUGGAUACGUUGCCUGAUCCACAAAGAACCCAUGUUAUAUGGGGAUUUUCCAAGGAUUUUAGUAUGUCGGGUAUGAGAUGUGGUGCUGUCUAUACUUGGAAUGACAGAGUGUUAAUUGCUCUUAAACAAAUAUCUCCUUUUUUUGGCAUGCCUACUUUCUCACAGUGUUAUUUGAAUGAGAUGAUCAAAGAUAAAGAUUGGGUAGAAAAAACAUAUCUGCCAACAAAUCUUCAAAGACUUAGGAAGGCUCAUAAAAAUAUGUCAGAUGGAUUAACUAAGAUAGGAGUUCCCCAUCUUGUCAGGCCGUCAGGUCUGUUCAUUUGGGCUGAUUUUAGUAAGUAUAUUACCCCAUCAACAUUUGAUGGUGAAAUGGAACUCUUUUAUGAGAUAUUAGACAAUAAGGUUUACGUAGCUCCUGGUCAGGAUUUCUUUUGCUGCCAACCGGGGUGGUUUAGGAUUAUAUUUUCCAUCGAUGAAGAUAAACAAGAAGUUUCACUGAAAAGACUUUCUGUGGUACUGAAGAAAAGAAUGAGUUCUUUGAACUCAGAAUGA